GAUGGACCACAAAAUUUAAUUAAUUUUUGUUAAUAUUGUGAAUUUGAGAAUUAUAUAUUUGGUUUGAGUGGGCCUUCACGCGUGGGACAAAAAGGUCAAAGAAAGUGGCUUGGUGGAGAGGAGGCUUAGAAGGUUUCUGUUUCGAUCCAAUCCUCACAAGGCACACCCCACCACAUCCCAAUAUAAAGGCCACCACAAUAGCUCACAUAGAUCACACAAGCAAGCAAGCAGCCAACCAAGAACUAGAAAGAUGGCUGCCUAUAAGCACCAUGCUUUCUCAAGCUUCAUCAUCCUUAUGUUAUUUCCAUUGCUCUUGCAGUUUCAAUUUGGUAAAAGUGAGCUCCAACUAAACUAUUACUCCGAGAGUUGCCCAAAAGCUGAAGAAAUAAUCAAGCAAGAGGUCACCAAGCUAUACUAUGAACAUGGAAAUACAGCCGUCUCUUGGCUUAGAAAUCUCUUCCAUGAUUGCUUCGUUCAGGGAUGUGAUGCAUCUUUAUUGUUAGAGAGUGUGAAUGGGAUAGAGUCAGAGAAGGAAUCUGGAAGGAGCUUUGGGAUGAGAAAUUUUAAGUACGUGAACACAAUCAAAAAGGCUCUUGAGAAUGAAUGCCCCUCCACAGUUUCUUGUGCUGAUGUUGUUGCUCUUUCUGCGAGAGAUGGCAUUGUCAUGUUAGGAGGGCCGCACAUUGAGAUGAAAACGGGAAGAAGAGACAGCAAGGAGAGUUAUGCGAAAAUCGUGGAAGAGUUCAUUCCUAAUCACAAUGAUUCAUUGUCUUCAGUGCUCUCUCGCUUCCAAUCCGUUGGCAUCGAUGUUGAAGGAACAGUUGCCCUUUUAGGAGCUCAUUCCGUAGGACGAGUCCACUGUGUGAACCUUGUACACAGACUCUACCCUACCGUCGAUCCAACCCUAGAUCCCGACUAUGCUGAGUACCUCAAAGGCCGGUGCCCAACCCCAAUCCCAGACCCAAAAGCAGUCCAAUACUCAAGGAACGAUCGUGAAACGCCCAUGAUUCUCGACAACAAUUACUACAAGAACUUGUUGAAGAACAAGGGUCUGCUCAUAGUGGAUCAAGAACUGGCUUCUGACCCAGCUACAUUGCCGUUUGUGCAAAAGAUGGCUUCUGAUAAUGACUACUUCAAUGAGCAGUUUUCUAGGGCUGCCCUGCUUUUAUCUGAGUACAAUCCACUUAGUGGGGACCAAGGAGAAGUUAGAAAGGAUUGUCAAUAUGUAAAUACAAAUUAGUCAUGUAAUGUUUGAGACUAAUAGGCAACUUCUAGGAGGGUUGCAAAUGUGAUCCAUUUAAUAAAGAAGGGCUUGUGGACA